AGUAUCGUAGCAGCAACUUUGCCUGCAAGAAAUGGACAUUAUUUACGCUAAGCCUUAUAUCAAUGAUAAUAACAGGGUUUGUAAUGAUAGCCUUUAUACUCAUGUUUUCGGCCGUCGCACAAAUGGGCGAUAAACUGGACAAACAGUCGUGGGGUUCAAUGACAUCGGGGUCUCAAUCGGGGUCGCAAUCGGGAUCCAUCUCAAUGUCAGGAUCAGGCUCUUCAGGCAGUGAUGGCUCCACUUCUCUCAUCAGUUUUGGAAACGAUCACAAUUCGGCAAAAGACAAACAAACUUCUGAUGUUUCCCCUUCUAUCGCUAUUAUGAUUGUGGUUAUUGUAUGCGCGAUGGUGUUGGCUAUUCAAUCAAUCGGGGUGUUUGGCACCUAUAAGGAACACUAUUGUCUGUCUAUGACAUACGCUAUAUUAUUAACGUUGGGAACUGUGAGUUCAUUUGGUUCGUGCUUCAAAGAUACAACCUACAUCGGUUCCUUUGUAUUUAAUCUACUCGUAACUAUUCUGGCCUUCUCGUUUGUCAAUGAUUUGCGUAAGCCGACCAUGCUACAACAGCACCCCAUGACCACCAUUACCGUUCAAGCGCCCCAACCUGGUCAUAUGAACCCCACUUACUAUGUUAAUCAAGGAUCUAGUUAUCCUAACCAUGGUGAUUGGAAAGUUCCACCUGUUUAAAUCUAUUUUUGAAUAAAUUAUUUAAACAAUUUAUUGAUAAAAUAACGACUAUUUUAUAGAAC